UUCCCCACUUCCUAUCAUAUUUUGUGAUACCGACGACAUGGUUUGACAUCGUCCACAUCAUUCCUGCUUACUCUCGUCCCCCCAAACGAUAUUCAUGGAUAAAGACGAAACAAAAACCGACUAAUAGGAUCUACAUCCCUCUAUUCCUUCAAGCCAUUCUCAUCACACGCCAAGAGUAGUUAGACAAUACGAGGUAGUAGUCAUUAUCCAUCAUUAUCAAUUAUCACAUUCUUUUACUAUCCCAUAUCCCACUCGACAUCUUACGUUACUUACAUAUAACGUCGCAUUUCGGUCAAAAUCGGUAUUAUCAUUCAUAUGCCGUGUAUGCCGUGAUACCAUCUACCGUCUUCCAAUCAAAAUUCACUUCUCACCUAGGUUCUCCCAACAGGAAGGGGAGAAUUCAAUGCCGUGCCGCAAUCAUACAGGAAGCUCUCCACUUUUCUAUGGGAAGCAAAUCUAUCUCGUUGAAUUGAGCGCUUAACUUUUUCACAACCAUGACAGCUUCUUGUUAGAAAUUUUAUUUCUGAGAUUUUUCAAUUGUCGAUCUGUUUAAGAAGCUUUGAGAUACUUUACUUGGCUCCGAGUUUGUUUAUCGUGGUAUCCUUCACUGUUUUGUGGAAAAGAGGAGGAGAACGUGAUCUUUCUUUGAGAUAAGGACCAGGAGGUUGAGAGUCACCUACUUACCUACCUACUUACCUAUAUUUAUUUGAUCUCUCCAGGCGGAUUUUAUAAUUCAUACUUCAGUUUCAUAUCAGUAGUAUCACUCUCUUCAUACAUCAUCAACAAGAUGGAUUUCUCAAAACCAAUGCAUAUCGUCAUUAUCGGCGGCUCCAGCACCGGCCUCAUGCAAGGCACCAUGCUCUCCCACCUCCCCACCCCCCACACCAUCACCAUCCUCGAACGACACAGUUCCUCGCUCCGUCCGGACCUCGCCGCCGGUAUCACCACCUGGCCCGAAUUCGAACUCUUCAUGAAAUUUCACGACCGCGUUGCUCAACCCUGGUCUAUUCACUCUCCCACUGUGCAAUUUUUAAAUAAAGAUGCCAGUGUCAAGAGGGAGAUGAAGAGGGAAUUAAAAAUGACGAGUUGGAGCGUAAUUUAUUAUCGUCUGAGACGGAAUUUUGAUGGUUUGAAGAGUGAAUUUUGUGAUGGGGAAGUAGUGGUUCCUGAAGCUGAGGGAGGAAGAGAUGGUGAUCAUCAUGAUGAAGAGGAAGAGGAAGAUCACCCAAAAGGGAAAAGCCAAGGAAAACGUGAAUUCUUAACUGGAAUGAAUGUUACAUCUCUCAGCAAACUUUCCGACGGCGGCGUCGAGAUAACCUACGAAAAUCAAAAUGAGGCAAAUAAAGAAUUCAAAAUGAACGCCGACAUGGUGAUACUAGCCGAUGGAGCAAAUUCCUCUCUGAGAGCAAAAUACUUUCCAGAUGUCAAGAGAGAAUAUGCAGGCUAUGUAGCAUUUCGAGGAACGGUUUUGGAAUCCGAGGUUUCGGAAGAGACAAAGAAGAUAUUCGAUCCUAGUUUGACAUACUUUUCUUACAAGGGUGGAUACAUACUUUUAUACAUAAUCCCCGGUUCAAACGGCUCCCUGACUCCUGGCUCCCGUCGCUACAACUGGGUAUGGUACCACCCAAUAUCCCCCUCUCCCUCCCUUACCUCCCUCAUGACCGACACCAGCGGUGUUCUCCACCGUACCACCCUCCCCGCCGGCCUCAUGAACCCCACAGCCUGGGCCCCCUACCUCACCCUCUCCCAAUCCAUGAUGUGUGCGCCCUUUGCAGAAAUCAUAUCCAAAACCCCCUCUCCCUUCAUAACCGCCAUUAACGACUCUGCGCUUCCAUGCGCGCUACUUCCCGGUUUCGAUAACAGAGUUUUAAUCACCGGUGAAGCAUUAAAUCUCAUGCGUCCGCAUAUGGCUCUUAGUACGACUCAGAGCGCAAUGCAAGCGUUGGAGUUGGAGAAAGUGUUCACGGGAAGUUUAACUCUGGGAGAAUGGGAGAAGAGAGUGGUGAAGUGGGGGAAGGUGGGAGUGUGUAAGACGAAUGCCUUUGGGCUUUGGAAUUUGAGCGGAGUGGGAGCGGCAUUGCCGUGGGUGUUGAGGUUGUUGGGGGUUUUGGUGGGUAUUCUGUGAGGGGAAAGGGAGAAGAAGGGGAAGCGAGAGAGGAAAGGAAACGGGAAAUGAAUUGGCUGGAGUUGCCGUGGAGUUGAAAUGUCAAUCCUCCACCACCAUGACUCCAAUCACCUUUCCGGGCUACGAACCAACAAAAUACAAACGAUACGAUACCACAAACCCCUCAUGCCAUCCGCCCAAAAAUCAAAACCUUGAAGGAAAUUCUCCACUUGCGAAGCAAAAGCCAUUCAGUCAAUCAAUCAUCCAACACCAAAUACCAAACACAAAGAAAAAACGCAGCAGAAUACCAACGACCAACAUCAAAAGUUACAUACGAUAACAUACCAAGCAUAGAUAGAUAUCCCAUUUCUUCGCAUAUCAUAGGUAUUUUUUUGCAAUUCUUUUUCUAGCUAUUUAUUUAUUAGCGAACUAGCUAGGUAGAUAGUUGCUAUGUAUCAAAAAUACCAAUUUAUUAAAUGUGUGAUGUGAUGGUUGAGAAGUUUGAUAUUUGUGUUUAUCGUAUUGUGUUUGUCGUAGUGUGUAUAUACAUAUAUAUAUAUAUAUAUAUAUAUAU